AUGGCCAAGGUCAACUCCACCCUCCACUCCUCCCGCCGCAAGUCGCGCAAGGCGCACUUCGAGGCCCCCUCCAGCGUUCGUCGCAACAUCAUGAGCGCCCCUCUUAGCAAGGAGCUCCGUGAGAAGUACAACGUCCGCAGCAUCCCCAUCCGCAAGGAUGACGAGGUCCAGAUCGUCCGCGGCUCCAACAAGGACAAGGAGGGCAAGGUCACCUCCGUGUACCGUCUCAAGUACGUGAUCCACGUCGAGCGUGUCACCCGCGAGAAGGUCUCGGGCCAGUCCGUCCCUCUGGGCAUCCACCCCUCCAACGUCGUCAUCACCAAGUUGAAGCUCGACAAGGACCGCGAGUCCAUCCUGGAGCGCAUCAAGGCCGGCCGCGAGGCUGGUUCCAAGGGCAAGGCCGCCGCCAAAUAA